GGAAGGAACUACACACAAACCACAUAGGAGUAAAGAGUACGAAACAGAACCCUGGGAGAUAAGGAUAGCUAAGCUAAAAGCAGAUAUGGCCUCCGCUGCUGCAUCACCCAGUCAGACCUGCCCAAUGGAGAAGCAUCUAACAUGCUCCAUCUGCAUGGAUACAUUUCAGGAUCCUGUCACUACAGAUUGCGGCCACUCCUUCUGCAAGAAAUGUCUGAGCUUAAACUUUAAUUACACCGACAGGGUGUGUCCCCUAUGCAAGAAGCCUCAAAACAGACUCCCAGAUGUGAACAUCGUCCUGAGAGACAUCGUCCAUCAGGAAAAUCUGAAAAAGACUGAAGAGGAAAACGAUGAUAUUUACACUGGCAAGGACGGCGAAGUGGCCUGUGACAUUUGCACAGAGCAGAAGCUGAAGGCCGUGAAGUCCUGCCUCGUGUGUCUUGCCUCGUAUUGUUCGACCCACCUGGAGAAUCAUUCUUCAACUGAAAGGCUGAAGGGCCACAAGCUGGUGGCGCCUGUGAAGAACUUGGAUGACAGGGCCUGUCUGAAGCAUGGACGCCCCUUGGAGCUGUACAGCAGGACGCAGCAUAGAUGCAUUUGUGUUCGUUGUAUGGAAGAAGGUCCGGAGGAAGUUGUCUCUACCGAAGAUGAAUGGGAGAAGAAGAAGGUUCAACUUGACAACAGCAAGACAGAAUUAGAAACAAAAAUUGAGAGGAGAGAAAAACAAUUGGGCGAGAUUAUUGAAUCUCUAAAGAAGUGCAAGGAGCAGCUGGACGGUGAGUGGUGGAAUAUUGAUGUCGUGUUCACCGCUGUGCUUGCGAUCGUGGAGGAAGCCCAGGCAAGAGCUCUUCAGCCACUGAAGGACAGGAGGCAGGUUCUGGAGAAAGAGGCGGACGACCUCAAAAAGGAGCUGGAAACAGAGAUCACUCGUUUCAAGGUGACCAUCUCUGAGCUGGAUGAAAUAUCUUCGCUUGAGGAUCACAUCCAUUUCCUGCAGAGUUACCCAUCUCUUCAAGACCUGGAUGACAUCAAAGACUGGGCGGAGGUAGAGUUGGACACCUCCCUGUCUUUUGGGACCAUGAGAAAAACUACAACAAUUAUGAUGGAACAAAUUCAACAGGAGCUGGAGAAGCUGACGUCCAUUGAACUUAAGAGAGUUCCAAAGUUUACAGUGGACGUAAAGCUGGAUCCAACCACUGCGCACCCACGCCUUGUUCUUUCUCAUGAUGGGAAAGAGGUGAAAGAUGGAGGGGAGAAUCAUGAAGUCGAUGAUACACCGGAGAGGUUCGACAAGUUUGGCAGUGUCCUGGGGAUCAACAGCAUGACCACUGGGAAGUCAUACUGGGAGGUGGAUGUUAGCAACAAGGCCGGGUGGGAUCUGGGUGUGGCAAGGGGCAACGCAAACCGCAAGGGGAAACUCUCAGUGAAUCCGGACAACGGCUACUGGGUGACUGUGCAUUAUGAAGACACAAAGUACGCCGCUAUGACAGCGCCACCAGUUCGUCUUUCCCCGAAAGAGAAACCUGAGAAGCUGGGAGUGUUUCUGGAUUACGAGGAAGGUCUCGUCUCUUUCUACAAUCUGACGGCUCAGUCUCACAUCUACUCCUUUACCGAGUGUCCGUUCAGGGAUGAGCUCUUCCCGUAUUUCAGUCCACAUGUAAAACAAGAUGAUAAAAAUGGUGAUCCUUUGAUUAUUUCUGCUGUGAAACAAUGUGAACAGGUAAUGGAUGAGUCAUGAGGAGUGUGUGCGCGGACAAAGCCUGUGAUGUAACUAAUUAAACCGCAGAAUAAGGCGAACAUUAAUUUACUAUAUUACUUAACUGUAUAGGCCAUGUUUCCAGGGAAAUAACUGAAAUAAAAAAGGUAUGUAGUGGAGUUUUUGACCACUACUGGUGCUAUGGAGAAACUAUUUUGAAUCAGUCCCUGAGAGCAUGGAUUAAACGGAUGUAACCAAUCCAGGUUUCACAAGUUAGAGAAUAUAUAUAUAAAAAUUGUUUGUCUAUGUCUAAAAUGUCUAUUUUAUUUGGUCAUGAUAAAACUGUUCUGUUGGGGAUGUGAAGUCUACAUACUAUGUAUUCUUUUUACAUGUGGUGUUAUUCCAAUUUGUGUUUUUUUUCUUUGUGUUUUUUAAUCUCAAAAUCAAAUAUAACAUUUUAUAUUUA